CCUCUCGCUCGCGCCUCGCUCUCAGAAACUCCCAAUCCAGACACAGGCAAGGCGCUGUCCUUUCAGCACCACGAGCUCGGGCUGAGGAGGGAGGACUCCUGGCCGUCCUCCUCCUCUUCAAAUUGGCUUGAAUCUGCUCUGACCCCCCAAGAGUGCAUCACAGUCUGGGAAGAAAGGUGUAAGGAUGGUGAAGCUGAACAGUAACCCCAGUGAGAAGGGAACCAAGCCGCCUUCGGUUGAGGAUGGCUUCCAGACCGUCCCUCUCAUCACUCCCUUGGAGGUUAACCACUUACAGCUGCCUGCUCCGGAAAAGGUGAUUGUGAAGACAAGAACGGAAUAUCAGCCUGAACAGAAGAACAAAGGAAAGUUCCGGGUGCCGAAAAUCGCUGAAUUUACGGUCACCAUUCUCGUCAGCCUGGCCCUCGCUUUCCUCGCCUGCAUCGUGUUCCUGGUGGUUUACAAAGCCUUCACCUAUGACCACAGCUGCCCAGAGGGAUUUGUCUAUAAGCACAAGCGCUGUAUCCCGGCCUCUCUGGAUGCUUACUACUCAUCCCAGGACCCCAAUUCCAGAAGCCGCUUCUACACGGUCAUCAGCCACUACAGUGUGGCCAAGCAGAGCACUGCUCGGGCCAUCGGGCCGUGGCUGUCGGCGGCUGCUGUCAUCCAUGAGCCCAAGCCGCCCAAGACCCAGGGCCAUUAGAGGCCCACCCCCAGCCAGAAUGGGGGGUGCGGAGGGGGACCCCCCAUUGGCUAAGCCAAGCUCCAGUUACAAGACACCACUGUACUCCUGGGAUAUGGGGGUGGGGGCGGGGCCGGGGUGGGUAGGGGGAGGGACCUCACCGAAAAUAUCGUGCACUGGAGUUGUCUGAAUCGAUAUUUCUUUUUGUCUUUUGGUAUUGUUGAUUCGUCCCCAAGUCAGGAUUAUGUACAAAGGCAUGUUUCGUGUUGAUUGUUCCCAUGUAAGAUAUUUUCAAAGCCACUGCUUAUUACUUGUUAGGAAAAUUUAAAAAACAGGAAGGGAAACAAAAUGAACAGAAAAAGAGUCAACUGGCUGGAUCUGGAAGACGCUGACGGGCCGUAAAGAGCACAGCCUCUGGGCUUCUUAGCAGAGAAACCGUAGUUUCAGCAUGGGGUUUGGAAGGUACCGAAAAUGUGAGUGAUGCAGGCUGGGGCUGUGUGGCUGGCCUCUGGUCUGCAGGAGAGGACUAUGAGAAGUUAGGACCGGCCUAGCUGGAGAGAAGGGCUGAUUUCGGCCUUGGUAAGCCCGGAACACACACGACCCAAAGUGAGGAGCUCCCACCACUGGUGUGUUUGGCCAAAUUAGCACAAACUGUCCAUAUGGGAAUCUAAGCUAGGGCUCGGGCUGACCCAGGGAGCCCGGGGAUGGAUACAAGCAAACUCUGAGCAGCAGGCAGACGUUCUCUGUCUUUUUCUAGUGUUUCUAGAUCUACACGUGGGUACUGCCUAUGUUUAAGAAACAGCAAGGGUGGAGAGGAGAGGAGAGGAGAGGAGAGGAGAGGAGAGGCUGCGGGAAGAAAGAAGGCACAGGACAGGCAGAUAUAACAUUCGGCCAACCUAGACCACAUUUUAAAAUUUGUGUUUGUUCUUCUUAUGAUAAGGGUCAUAACCAGGAGCCUCAGGUGACAGCCAGGGAGACGUAAAGAUGGGGGCUGCGGCAAUGCCAAAUCAGGCCUCAGAGAAGCUGAAAAAUGUGGACCGUCUUUUGCCCACCUGUUGCACUGACAGCCGUUGGACAAGCACCCAAAGCCCCCAAUCUGGUUUCAGAAGCUCCUGGCUAGCGGGGGGGGCAGUAUCUGGCAUUGGCCGGGCCUCCUGCUGCCUGGGACCACAUCAGCCUGUGCCUACUCCCACCCAGCUCUCCUGCAAAGGGUUCCGGGAGGCCCAUGCUGUGGGAGGUGGCUCCAGGGCCAGAACUGGCUGGGAGAGUUGGUUAUUCGAGAUGCAGUACCGUUUCCCCAUGAAGCGGUGACAGGCCGUUUAACGGGCAUUUUCUCCUGGCUUGCUAUGUUGCCGAAAUCUUCGUACCCAACAGCCGGGUAAUAAGACUGGCAUAGCUCAAACUAUCCUGCCAAACGCGAUCAUCUGACGUUCCUCCUCCCACCACAUCCCCUCCAGUCACCUGUAAAUUCAUUUGUCAUCGAAGCGGAAUAACAAAUUGUCCCUAGCAACACCGCUGAGCGCUUUAUAAUUUUGUGGUGUAUUUUUGUCAGUAGGCAGCAGAGGCUGAAGUAUUUUUUGGUGUAACUCUUGAACUUUUCUGACAGGAAACAAAUAAAGAUAGAUGUGUCUGAAAA